AUCCCCAGUUUUUUUUUUUUUUGAGGGCCAUGGUGGUCAUUUCACAGUCUUCAUUCCCACCGUACGUAAUCCAUACGCUUUGGCAGCAUUGUUUUGUGUGGCCGCGUGCACCUCGUGCGAUUUGCUGAGAAAGAUGGGUGCAAUAGUCUUGAGACGGUGGGCUGACUGGCACCCAGGGCCAGAGCAGUACAACCCAAAGCAAGCCGCAAAAUCCCACACGAGUUUCAUCGGAUCCAGAUAUGUCAUGCCAAAGGUAAUAAAAGAAUGCCGUGUCUUGCUGAGGCAAUUUUUCUUGUGCCAUUGCAUCUCGUCCACCGUCGCCGGCUAGCUGAGGCACCCGCAUAGGUAAUCUCGCUAAGGUGGUGCAGAUCGCACGCAGCGUCAAAGGCACGUAUUGGGGACAAGCCACAUCCCACGCCAAAUUCCCCGACCGAGUAUGCCCGGCAAGAGGAUAUGGAGCAUCGAACAAGAAAUCCUUCUACUCAGUCUUGUGUGCGACUCCAAGCCGGCGGGGGCCGAAAGAGACAACAACAUUGCGAAAAUUCUCGUCAACAUCAACGAAAACAUCACUGGCGAGGAUUCGUUCACUGAGGAGCAAAUAUGGACCAAGUUGGCAGAUUUCUUCGAUCUCCAGAAAAUUGAGGACAUCGAAAAGGACUCCGAGGGCGAGCCGGGAACGCCGCGGAAGGAAGAGCGGUCUCGGUCAAGUGCCGGGGCCAAAUCAAAGGAUGAGCCCACCCGUGAGUCGACCGUGGAACAGCGUGGAACACCUGAUGCGGCAGGACCCAAGCCAGAAACAAACUCUCCCGCCAAAUCGGCGGAGCCGCCCGAGUUGUAUUCGUCCGAGUUGAGCGAUGUGGAGGGUGAGGAAACUGAACUUGAGAAAUUACACGACAAGAACCUAACGCUGCCUCCACCGAGGGAAAUCAAGAGGCGGGGCCGCCCGAAGAAAGCUGUGAAACGCCUUCCUGCGAAGGAGAACGCGUCAAAGGAAAGCCUGGCUACCACACCCAAGAAACGAAUGAGGCCGACAACCAAAGAUGGAGAAGACGAAAGUGCCCCCAAGCGCCGCCCUCUGAGUUCUCAGGGUACAAGACGAAAAGCAAAAACAGACACGACACCUGAGGCGGAGCAGGCUUCGAAUCAGCCUUCGCAAGCAGAAGACAGUGCCGGCAGACUACGCGAUGAUACAAGAAGAGAAAACACGGGAUCUGGUGAUGAAGUGUAUCCCAAGGACGAGGAGCCUGCAAAUGCAGAAACCAAGAGUGAGAUUCCGCAAGACUCCGAGAUUGCAGACGAAGGGCCCAAAACUAGAAGGUCAAGAAGACAGGCUGUCCGUAGAAGUACUCGCAACAAGUAGAGGCAAAAUGCUAGGAAAUAUGAUAUAUUAGUGUCUAUGCUAAACAUCAACGUUGAACAGCCCCUGGCAU